CAAAUAUCAAAAUUAUCACUUUUCAAUAGAUAUUUGGUCAAAGAAUUACCGGGACCUUCGGAAGGAUGAAGAUAAUACACUGACGACGGAUCAUGAAUCAAUCUAGUCUUCUUAGGGUUUGAGUUCCCUUCGGUUGACAUGAUGAUGCACGACGGAGACAAGCAAGGGAGACGACAGGAAGACCUACUGGACCGGCGACAAACCCUGGCGACAGACGAGGCCGGCGGCGACGAAACAACCGGUUGGCGACUCGACUGGUAUCGUAUCGGGAUAGGGAAGGUCGAGCACCUUCGAGCUAUAGAAUUGAGGAAAAGGAAGAGAUUGAGAAGGGAGAGGGGAAGACGGCUGUUGAUCGGCGAGGGGGAGAGAGCGGGUUUAGGGUUAGCAAUGACCCUUGUUGUGCUCGUAUCGAGGAAGUCAUUUUGGUCUGAACUCGUAAUGUUAUCACAUGAUAACCUAACAGGUGAACACCAAGUGCCUACGCCAAUGGACGAGCUCACAACCGACAAUAAGAAAAAACUCUCUUUGAAUGCCAAAGCAUUAAAUGUGUUGUUUUGUGCAUUGGGUCAAGAUGAGUUUGCUAGGGUGAGCUCUUGCAAAUCCGCAAAGGAAGCAUGGAAGCUCCUAGAAGCCACCCAUGAAGGAGAUAAAGACACAAAAGCUACCAAGAUAGCUUUAGGAACAUCCGAGUAUGAAAACUUCAAGAUGAAGGCCGGAGAAUCCGUUCAAGAUAUGAACAAACGAUUCAACCUCAUUGUCAACAAUUUGACGCGUAUUCAGAAACAUAGACUACGUACAUAGGAUUUGUCACUACUCUUUUUAAAGAGAUUAAUGUCUUAUGGGGCCCACUGAUAAGUUAUGAUUGAGGAAAUUGCAUGGCCAUGCUGAGAUGUUUUUAUGACGUCUGUUCCUAUUAGUCAAACUUGAUAAAUCAGUGAAUGACUUAAUGGAUACAAGCUGGAUUUUAUUAAUCCCUUGCAUUAAGUUUAGACAUUGAGACAAAGGGAUAGAGUUACACGGAGUUUGAGUCGUGGAAAGAAGAAUUUUGAAAAUCCUUCUCACAAUCACAAUGAUUUGUUUGGCCAUUUUGGAUUGAGGAGAAUCACAAUUUUCUUUGAUUGAAUUUUGAGUGGGGUAAUUAUUUGUCAUUUAGCUAAUGACAAAAUUAAUCACAUCUUUGUUUUAAAUAUACACCUCACGCACCAUUAGCAAAGAAGAGAAGGAGAUAUCACCAAUUUGUUUUAAGUUUUGGCCAUUACAUUUUUAGUGAGAGAAAAUACUUUGUGUUCUAUUAAUAUCAUUUUGUUUAUAGAAAAUAUCUAUAAUAUUUUCUAAAUAUUAUUAGAAAUAUUUUCUAUAGAAAUAUACAAGAUUAUCAUUAUCCCAAUUUUAAUCUUUAUAUUUUAUACUACUAUAAUCUUUACUAGCAUAAAGAUUGUGGUAGACUCCGGCGUUGUUCGUGUGUCAAAGUUGGAGACCGGACGCUUGAACGGUUACGUUUGCACUUUCAACGCUCUUCCUACGACUUCUUCGUUUUAGCUGCUUACGGAGAAAGGUAUAAAUUUCUUACUACUAUAUGUUUUAGUACGUGAUUCUGGGCAAGAUAAUCAUGUUAGGAUGUUAAAAUUUUUAUAUUCCGCUGCCUAUCCUUGCAUGGUUACCUUUCAGUGGUAUCGGAGCCAACGUACAAAACUAUAGUUUUACGUUUGA